UUGUGAUGGAGGGACUUCUUUAUUCCAAUUUUUUAUUUUCUAUUACAUCUUAGUGAGUUUGAAUCUUAGUUAUCUAAGACUGUCUAUAUUGUCGAGAUAUUGCAACUGGCACUCCGCACUUCACUAGUAAGUUCUUCUUCUUCCUCUUAUAGUGCCAUCUCCUAUUGGAGGUCAGCAAUCAUUAAGGCUAAUUUAACUUUAUUCACUGCUGCCCGAAAGAGUGAUCAGGUACUCAUAUUAAACCAUUGGCGUAAGUUCUUGAGCCAAGAUGUACGUCUACGACCAGGCCUAGUACUAGUAAGUUACUUCAUGACUAGUAAGUAACUUCAUGAUAUUUAUCAAAGGAUUAUUUUGGUUAGGUCAUAAUAUAAGGAUGUGAUAUAAGGGACACGAUUUAAGAUCUAUUUACAAAAGAAAUAUUUUUUACUACAAAAAUAUUCAUUUUAGAACACAUGUUCCUUGGACAAUUUUAAUUAAUUUUCCUUAAAGAAUAUAACCCCUAGAGUUAUGGGAAAUACUCCCGAGCACCCUGUAUAUUAGGUGGUUAAUUACUAUUAUUAAUUUAUCAUUGACCAUCACGUAUUUAAUAAUAAUUAAUAAUAAUUUAAUAUAUCUACCUACCUACUGAAAUAAUAAUUAUUAUAAACUUUUUUUGUAAAAUUAAAUCUUAUUCUAAUAUAUUAUUAAUAACAGAUUCAAACUAAGAUAAAAUAAAUACCUGUCAUCGAAAAAAAGAAUAUUAGCUGAGUCAGUGACGUGAAUAAUAACCUAAUGCACAAGGCAGUAGUCGCGGUAGCGUCGGCCGGAAUAACCGUGUAUUCAGGCUUCGUACAAACAAGUUGUACAACAACGUGUUUUUCGGUAUUGUGGUGACGAUUUAUUACCUGUUAAUCCUUUAUCCCAACAUUACGGUGCAUAUUUCUUUACGAUAUUUGCUCUGGAAAAGUAGUCUUUAAGUUUGUGCAAGAUGUAAGGUUAUUGUUUGAUGUUAGAAAGUCAUAGUGAUGCGAAGAAAAUCGUGACUUGGCUAUAAUAUAAAUAUUUUGAAAAUGGAAAAUGGAGACGGAAGAUGACGUGGGGCGCAACCUGCUAGACGACAUGCCGCCCAUCAACUGCGAGCUGUUCGACGGGCCCUACAGCGGGAGCAACGACAUCGGCGACAUGACUUUCUGCCUCGGAAACUAUGUACCUGACUUCAUGAAGAUGCUUUUCACAAUGAGAUCUCACCACAUGUUGACCGACGUCGUUUUAGAAGUUGGCAACGAGUUGUUUCAUGUUCACAAAGUAGUCCUAGCUGCUGGGAGUCCUUAUUUCAAAGCCAUGUUCACAAGUGGGCUAAAGGAGUGCGAGAUGACGCGCGUUAAGCUACAAGGUGUGUGCCCGUCGGCGAUGGCCUGGCUCGUGUACUUCAUGUACACGGGGAAGGUGCGCAUCACUGAGGUCACGGUGUGCCAGCUACUGCCCGCCGCUACCAUGUUCCAGAUAUCCAACGUGAUAGACGCUUGCUGCGCGUUCCUCGAGCGCCAGCUGGACCCGUCCAACGCCAUCGGCAUCGCCAACUUCGCGGAGCAGCAUGGCUGUGUCGAGCUCAAACAGAAGGCCAGCCAGUUCAUAGAACGACAUUUUACACAAGUGUGCCAGGAAGAGGAAUUUUUACAAUUGACGCCCCAAGAGUUAAUAUGUCUGAUACGGAAAGAUGAAUUAAAUGUAAGAGAGGAACGAGAAGUUUACAACUCGGUAUUAAGUUGGUUAAAAUACGAUGAAGAUCGUAGGUACCCACGCAUGGAGCACAUAUUGCAAGCCGUGCGCUGUCAGUACCUCACUCCGAACUUCCUCAAAGAGCAGAUGAGCACGUGCUCCGUGCUCAAGAAAGUUCCCGCUUGUAGAGAAUACCUCGCCAAAAUAUUUAAGGAUCUGACAUUACAUAAGAAACCAGUGGUAAAGGAGCGGCGGCCCAACACCCCACGCAUUAUAUACGUGGCGGGCGGCUACUUCAGACACUCCAUAGAUGUGUUCGAGGCCUUCAACUUGGAUGACAACUGCUGGACCACGCUACCCAGGCUCACUGUGCCGAGAUCUGGACUCGGAGCAGCUUUUCUUAAGGGGUUCUUUUACGCUGUGGGCGGUCGCAACACGUCGCCCGGCUCGUCGUACGACAGCGACUGGGUGGACGUGUACAGCCCCAGCACCGAGCAGUGGCGGCCCUGCAGCCCCAUGGCCACUCCUCGGCACAGGGUUGGUGUGGCUGUAAUGGACGGACUGUUGUACGCGGUGGGCGGAUCUGCCGGCUCGGAAUAUCAUAAAACUGUCGAAUGUUACGACCCCGAGAAGGACGCGUGGACGUACGUGGCGUCCAUGGGCCGCGCGCGGCUGGGCGUGGGCGUGGCCGUGGUCAACCGGCUGCUGUACGCCGUGGGCGGCUUCGACGGCGCGCGCCGCUCCAACUCCGUCGAGUGCUACCACCCCGAGAACAACUGUUGGACCGAGGUCGCGCCCAUGCACUACGCCAGGAGUGGAGCUGGCGUCGCCGCUCUAAACCAGUAUAUAUACGUGGUGGGCGGGUACGAUGGAACGGUGCAGCUGGCGUCCGUGGAGCGCUACGACACCGAGCGCAACACGUGGGAGGAGGUCGCGCCCGUGCGCGCCGCCCGCUCCGCGCUCUCGCUGGCCGUGCUCGACAACAAGCUGUACGCCAUGGGUGGUUACGACGGCACCGCGUUCCUGGACAUAGUGGAGAUCUACGACCCGUCAACGAACACGUGGAAGAGCGGCGCGCCGCUGACGUCGGUGCGCUCGGGGCACGCGUCCGCCGUCUGCUACCAGCACGUGCCGCCGCCGGAGCCCGACGCGCCCGCGCUCGUGGCGAAGCUCCCCCGACGCGCGCCCCCCGCGCACCACGCCGCGCCCCCCUCCACCUCCAGCGCGGACGACGUGCCCAUGGCCAACAACAUACUCAACAGCCUCUCCCACGGACGGUUAUAGCGCAACCAGUAGCAUGAUCAUUGAGAAAACUUUGCAGUACGGAUGGGACUAAACGUGAAACCGUUAGGACUUAUAUAUGAACUGUGAGAUCAUGCUACUGUGAUAUUAAAAAUCCAGUGAAUCAGUGUUGUGUGUGACAUUAAGUGCAAUACACCGUUAUAUACGACAUUAUAAUAAUACAAUAUAGAUGACAUAAUAAUAAUGUACAAAGCAUAAUAAUACUGUACAACAUAGCUAAAACGUAGUGUCUCGCUCGCAAGACUUACUCAUGUCCUAUACAAUAUACAGGGUGCGCGGGAGUAUCCCAUAACUCUGGUGUUACCGAAAAAUAAUUAAAAAGUUCAAGGAAGAUGUGUUCUAUAAUUAAUAUUUUCGGGGUAAAUAAUAUCUCUUUUAUAAAUAGAUCCUAAAAUACGUCCCCUAUACGCAUCCUUAUAAUUAUGACGUAGCCAAGUUUUACUAUUUUAAAAUACAAAGGCGUGUGUUACAUUGAUAGUCAGAAUUAUUUGAAUUACUUUGUAUGAAUACAUAAAAUGUUUUUUUAUUUUUUAGUUAAAAAAAUAUUAAUUAUGCAGUUUGGCUCCUAUAAGUGGGCUCGUCAACACUUUGAAGUUAUGGGAAAUACUCCCGAGCAGCCUGUAUAAAAAAGAACUCAAAAAGUAAAGUUAAUUUAUUUCAAUUGUUUUAAAAAGGCUUUUAAAAGUCUAUGUUUACAAGCGCUUUUAAAAAGUCAUGACUAGCGGACGCCCGGGACUUCGUCCGCUCUUAGACCUCCAUAAUCCGGCUCUCUCGCAAAAUCCGUUCUUAUUGGACCUCUACUACCUAUGAACCCUGCCAAAUUUCAAUGUUGUAUGUCAAAUUAGUUUUCGAGAUAUCGUGAUGAAUGACCAUUCGUAUUUAUAUUAAAACAUAAUGGUGAUAAUAAAUAAAGGUUACAAAGGCGCCUUGGUCCGAGAAAAGCCCACAACAAAGUUAACCAAGGUUUAUUUUUUUUUUUACCACUAUUUUACAAAUAUAUCUAGAAGCAAGUACACAAUCAUAUAGUGCAGUACAACACCAAUCUUUUGUAUAGUCUAAAUUAACAUUAUAAUAAGACUUUCAUAUAAGCUUGCGUUUAAUAACACAUCAAUAUUUAUUUAUUAACAUAAUAUGAUAGAAGAUAGAUAUACUAGAAAUACAGAUUAAAAACAUAAAUAUCAAUAACUGGCUUGUACAAUAGACACAGAAAUUAUACUAAUAUUAUAAAGGCGAAAGAUUGUGUGUAUGUUUGUUCCGCUGCGGCUACUGAAGCGAUUUGACUAAAAUUUGGAAUGGAAAUAGAUUUUACUCUGGAUUAACGCAUAGGCUACUUUUCAUCCCGGAAAAAUCUAUGGUUCCGCGGGAUUUGUGAAAAACUGAAUUCCACGCGGACGAAAUCGCGGGCGUCCGCUAGUACUUAAUAUAGGACAAGUCUCUCUGCCGUACACUACGUUUUAACUAUGGUAUAAAAAUAAUUAAUAGUUAUGUAUUAUUAAAGUUUAUUCAGUGAGCGUAUAGAGCAUGGCUCGCAUUACGUAAACUUGGUUUUUUAUCAAUCAGUGCCAUAUUAUAGAAAAUGGCAUGAAAAGCCAUGUACACCGGCGGACCAUAGCCAUGGCUCAUAAUUUGUCAGAUUGGAUAUUUUAUUUUAUAUUUAACGCAGCGCUAUCGCACAAUAUAUAGAAAGAAUACCCAAGCGUUCCACGAUACUAAAUGAAUUGUAUCUAACCUUCAAGGUUUUUGACCAAUCCGUUGGGAUUUGUUUGCAAACAAAAUUAAAAAUUCAUAAAUUAUAAUUGAAUUUUAAUGGCAACGUUUCAUCACAGAGAUAUUAUUUAUGAUUAACAGUUGCAAUGUAACCAUAUGCUGGUAUGUAACUGUUUUAUUUUUUUUAUAAAAUUUGUUGUUUUUUCAUUUUGUAUCUGUUGUUCACAAUAGGCUUGAAAAUUACCUCGCAGAGAGAGUUGCAACAUUGCCAUAAAAAACCCACUAUAAUUUAUGAAUUUUAAAUUUUUUUGCAUACAAAUCCCAACGCACACAUUCCAAUUGGUCAAAAACCUUGAAGGUUGGAUACAAUUAAUUUCGCACAAUGUCAAAAUUAUUUAUGUACUUAUAUCAUGUUGUGCAAUAAUACAUAACAAUGACAAAUAUUUAAUGUUACACUACAUCGUCGGCAAACUUUUAUGAUUCCCUAACACUGUUUUUAAGUUAAUCUAUACAUUAUGUUAACACAUAUACAUUGUACAUAUUUAUAAAAAGUAUAAGUGACUGAUUGAUUGUGAUUGACAUACCAAUAUUAUAAACACAUAACUCAAAUCUACUAAUUUUUUUUAAUUUUCUUCCGCUUAAAGCUAAAAUCAUGUUAGCUCAUACUCUUCUUCCUUCUUCUAGACUAUGCAAACUCUUCCUAUCCUAACCUGUCUGAAGAAAAGCUCUACAAAACAGUCAGCUGCAUGUUCCUCUUAGCCAUAUUAAGUUUUACAAUCUGUAUGUAGUUUCUAUGUAUUUACUCAGGUAUAUUAAUGUUUAUUUUGUAUAUAUUUAUUUAUUUUAUUAUAUGUGUUGUAGUAGUAUUAUUUUGUGUAAUUAUUAUUGUUAUUUUGUUUUUAUUUCGUAUUUUUUGCAUUAUCCUGCAUUUUAAUAUAUUAAUUCCUUAUACAAAGGUUGUCCGGCAUAUGUUGCUAAAAGCAAUAAGGCCGCCUUUGAACAUACUUGUAUACUAUGUUUUCUAUUAUUUUCUUUGUAAUUGUUUUUUGUUUGUGCAAUAAAGUACAAAUAAAUAAUGUUAGCAAGCGUUUGUGACAUGCUCACUAAGAAUUGGUGAGCUGAUAUAAUUUUUACAAUCUUAUUUAUAUUUUUUUGAUUAUACAUGAAAACCGGCCGUAUUGAUUUUUAUAACACAUUCGCUCGUAAAGUAUCUCUUAUUUAACAAUUUUAUUAUUGUAAUGUAUCUCACGACGCACAUGUGCCGUAAUGUAAAGUAAAAUGUGCAUGUGCUGUUAUGUAGUAUAAAACCUUUAUCUACCGUCUAAAAACAGUACUUUUUAAAACUUAGCAAAAAGUUUUUAUGUCAGAAAAGUGUUCAACAUUUUAUGAAUAAUAUUAACUUUGUGAGAGUGUGUUCAAAGUGUUAUUCCUCGCAAAUGUGUUAUAAAACACCAUAUGGCAUCGUGCGCUUUGAUAAUUACAGCCUCCGCUUCCUUACUAUAGCUUGCGAUAUCGCCUCGGUUGUAAUUUUCAACUUCUCGCACUUAUAUCAUAAUGUACUAUUACAAUAAUAUUUAAUUUCAUUUACAUUUUUGUAAUUCAACAUUUACAGAAUCAUGAAAAUCUAAAAUGAUAUCUUAUCUCGAAUUCAUUCAAUCAUUUUUGUAUCAUAUUCUUCAGAAAAAAUAGAUAUACUAAAUACUUAUCAUUAUUUUUUAUUAAAGUCAAUGUACCUAUUUUUUAAACAAUUAUUGUGGUUAACUAUUUAAGUGAUUAUGUAAAUAUAGAGUAAGUGAGGUAUAUUUGUAAGAAAAUAAAGACUGUUACGGGAAUA